UGUGUGAGCAUUGUUUCGCAUUUCCACCGGUGCUUCGGACAUGUCAAAGAAUAUGAAGACUCUGAGUGUUCCUGGUGUUGGUCACAUGAGCCAGGCAGUGUCGGAUGGAGAGCUGAACAUGUCUGGUCGUGGCUGUGGGGGCAGUCGUACAAGUCUACCAGGGGUCCCGGGGGGAGAUGCCCAGGCCAGCGGUGUCGUCAGCUGGGCCGUGUGCUUUGAGAAGCUGCUGGAAGAUCCCAUGGGAAUACGCUACUUCACAGCCUUCCUGAGGUCAGAGGUGAGUGCAGAGAACAUCCUGUUCUAUCAAGCCUGUGAGAAGUUUCGGAAGAUUCCUCCCAGUAGGAUGAAAGAGUUUGCUGAGGAGGCUCGCUCCAUCUUCCAGACGUACCUGUCUGACCAUGCUCCCUACUCUGUGAACAUCGAUGACACAGCUCGCGUGGAGGAGAAGGACCUGCAGAAACCUAAAGUUGAAAUGUUCGACAAGGCCCAGACACAGAUCUUUAAGCUGAUGAAGAUGGACAGCUACAGGCGUUUCGUCCGCUCCCCUCUCUACCAGAAAUGUACCCUGGCCAGCGUGGAGGGCACGCCACUACCCAGAAUCCCCCCUGAGCCCACCAGCACAGGAUCAUGGGAGAACAUGGCCAAUGCCAGCCCCUCCCUCAACGACAGCAAGAAGAAGAAGAACAAGCAAUGGGAGAAGAGGGAAUCAUGGGGAGUAGAGGUGUCAUACCCCAAGGUGAAUGUGUCUCGUGCGGAGUCUCAGAUGUCCAACAGCAGUGUGGAGUUGGGCUCCUUCUACAGGCAGAUAGAGAACGGUCGCUCCAGUCCCCGUCCCUCAGACCAAGGGCAGGGUGAUGGAGGUGGUGGUAGUGUGGAGGGGGGUUACUGCUGUGUCUACCUGCCUGACGGCAGUGCCUCCCUGGCUCCUACACGGCCCGGCCUCCCCCUAAAAGAAAUGCUGUCAGGCCUCUGUGAGAAGAGAGGUUUCCCCCUUAAAGACAUCCUCAUCUAUCUCCACAACAAAGACAUGCAGCCACUAUCUCUGGAGCAGGACUGUUCCGUACUGAGAGACCAGCAGGUCUCCCUGGAGCUGAGGGUAACGUUUGCGUUGGAGGUGGUUUUCACUGGUAAGACAUGCGGCAUCAAGGUGAAGUCCAGUAAGACUCUGCUGGAUGCCCUUUCUAUGGUACUAGAGAAACACCAACUCGGAACACACGAGGCCAUGGUCACCAUGAGUGGGAGUGAUGUGCCUCUGAGCAUGAGCACCAAUGUCUUCAAACUGGCCAAUAAGACGCUGCAGCUCUACAAGGUCAAAGUUAGCAGUUCCAGGGUCAGUGGCUCAACUCCAGUCACACAGGAUCAAGCUACAUCUCCAGUAGGCCCAGAGGUCCGUGUGUCCCCUCAGGCAGCCAACCCCAAGCCCAGGGUCAGGAAGAACCAAGAGAUGGAUGCGAUGAUAGAGCUGUUGUCCAGAGCUCAGGCCUGUCGGGUGGAUGACCAGAGAGGCCUGCUGACCAAGGAACACCUAGAGCUGCCCCAGUUCCUCUUGAAACCCCCUACCCAGGACCAGGAGACACAACAGGGGGAGGAUGGAGAGGCUGCAGGGGGACAGGGGGAUGGAGCCCCCACAGACAUUAAAGAGGAGUCAGAUAACCAACCCACCACCUUCUCCACUCCCACCCCGGUUGGAGCAGCAGAGUCAGGAGAGUGUGUAACAGACUCAUCAGGUUCCAAACACAUAGGUUCAAAAUAAACAAGUGUCUGAGAGAGAUUGUUUUUAUAAUUGUCACUUUUACUUUGUGUACCUGGUGUAAGUGUGAGUGUGUGUCUAGGACCCAUUUUUCUGUGUGUGUGUGUUCGUGAACAUGCUGAGGUCAGGUUUGGUCAAGGGAUGUUGACACAUGUAGCAAUUCAUCCUGUUUAAAGAUUGUUUAUCAAAGAUUAUAAGUUGUGCACAGGAAGUCCACAACUAUUAAGAGACCUAGUCAAGCACUUUUGCUUAUGAUUGUCUGAAUAAGGUCAGCGUCCAAUGUGUUAUAGUAGGAAACUGUAUGAACUCUAUUGUUUGUUUUAAUCCCCAAUGUCAAAGGUACAAUAUGUCAUGAUAUGAAGGACCUUUAUAGCUUCCAAUUCCAGUAAUUCCUUCAUUGAAAAACAUUUUUUUAAUUUUUUUUAUCAGACAUCAGGGUGUCCCCUGAUGUCUGAUAAAAAAUAAAAAAAAUAAAACGUUUUUCAAUGAAGGAAUUACUUUUCAUAAUAUUUAAGUUGAACUAAUAGUACUUUUUGUGAUUUUUCUUUAGUGUGCGAUUUGAUAUUUAAUUAAGGUGUUUGGUAUUUUGCAUUUUGAGUACUUUCAAAAGGGUCUUUCAUAUUUUGGGGUAUUUUACUUUUCAUAAUAUUUAAGUUGAACUAAUAGUACUUUUUGUGAUUUUUCUUUAGUGUGCGAUUUGAUAUUUAAUUAAGGUGUUUGGUAUUUUGCAUUUUGAGUACUUUCAAAAGGGUCUUUCAUAUUUUGGGGUAUUUUACAAUUUCAUAAUAUUUAAGUUGAACUAAUAGUACUUUUUGUGAUUUUUCUUUAGUGUGCGAUUUGAUAUUUAAUUAAUUAAGGUGUUUGGUAUUUUGCAUUUUGAGUACUUUUUUCUCUUGUGAAAGUUUGAUAUUUAAUUUAAUUGAUUCAUUGGCAUUUAAUAUUUAUGAGCACAUUUUUGUUUCUUUGCUGUGUUUGCACUUUGAAUGCCAGGUCUCCUGUGACGGCCAAUCCUUUUCUGUGUUAUCAGAGUGCUACUCAGGGUCAAACUUCAGUAUUAACCUAUAAUGUUCUCAUGCAUUGUACAGUGCGUGAAUAAAUUAUGUGAUAUUGAUCUAAUUUA